UUGUUUGUUUCAGCCAAUGAUGCCCUGAAAAACGCUUUCAACCUUGCAAAGCAGGCUAAACUGCGGCUUAUAAAAGUCGUCGUAAGAAAUGAAGAGCUCACACCGAAUUAUGAAUACGCUGGUACGGUAAACUGGAAAGAUGACUGGCGUGCAACACUUCCUGAGUGCGUAGAUGCCUUUGAGCCGUGCUUUAUUUUGUUCAGGUUAAACACUAUUACGGAAUGGAUCCUAAUAACAUUCGCUGAUGAUCGCGCGCCUAUCAAAGAGAAAAUGUUAUUGGCUGCAACUCAUGCUACUUUCAAAAGCGAAUUUGGACCCUGUUACAUAGAACAUGAGAAGCAUGUCACCGAUAGAAAGGAGCUUUCGUUGGAAUCCUUUGAAAACUGGCUGAAGAACAAGUCUGAGUUGGGUCCUAUGAGCGAGGUGGAACGAGAAUUACACAAUGCACAGCAAGAAAGGGCAGCUGUAGUCCAUGCUGGACCUCAACACAUGAAAGGGGUUGCGUUUCCGUUAGACCGAAAUGCUGAGGAAGCCAUUAAAAAGCUCGCACAAGGCAAAUUGGCUCUUGUCCAAUUGUCGGUAGAUACUCUAAAUGAAGCGAUAAAAUUAGAGUCGACUGAAGAAACGUUACCUGCAAGUCAAUUAGCUCGGAAAAUACCUCGUAACAAGCCCCGAUAUACUUUCUAUCGAUUUAGUCACGAUGAAGGAGGCAGUAUUCAGUUUUCUACUUUCUUCAUAUAUUCAUUGCCGUCGUCGGGUAGUUCAAUAAAGGAGCGAAUGUUGUACUCGAGUUGUAAAGCACCAUUUUUGGAGACAGCGACGAAAAGUUUAGGGGUAGAACUGAGUAAAAAGAUGGAAGUUGAUGCCAAAGAUGAUCUGUCGGAAUCAGCUUUGAUCGAAGCAUUGCAUCCGACCACACAGGAGAGCAUGAAGCUGUUCGCUCGUCCCGCUCUUCCUCGCGGCGCUGGAGCCCGUAGAAUCACAAAAAUCUAA